GAACUCACUCUGUAGACCAGGCUGGCCUACAGAAAUCUGCCUGCCUCUGCCUCCCAAGUGCUGGGAUUACAGGCAUGCGCCACCACUACCCAGCUUUCUCUCAGCUUAUUCCAGAUGUUGUUCCCAGGAUAUUUCUGGCAGUGACAUCACACGGCAUUUCCAAGGUGCUUGUGACUCCUGUUCCUUUACACUAAGCCACGUGCUCCACUGCUCCACUCAGGCAGACCACCUGAGCAAGCCAACUGCUCGCGAGUCAGCCUGGUGGGCUCUUCAGGCUCCUCACUGGCAUCCACACAGCAUUCGUGCAUUUGAUACUUAUCCCGUUUAUGUCCCUGCUGAAGUCUGUGUAAAAUAAAUCCCAGCUGCACCUUCAGGCCUCCUGCCAGCACUGACCCAGACAAGGGCAGGUUCCGUGGUGAGGGUGUUUAAGGGCGCAGUGCCACCUCGGUACCCUCAGCUUCUCCAUCUGUCCACGGUGACUAACCGACCCCUGCUGCUUGGAGCUUGCAUAGAUGCUUCUGUGAGUCAUGCCAGCUGCUCACAGGGGUGCGUCUGGGCUGCCAGGGCCUCAGCACCGCUGCUGGGUCUGUGGGUGCCAGAGUCUUACAUCAGCCUCACUUAGGACAGGAACCCCUCAUAUGCCCAGUGAAGCGCCGCUCCCCUGGCCCAGAGGGAAGGUGAUUUACAGAGUCCAUUCUUGGGGUUGGUGACCUUCAUUCUCCAGGAGUUCUUGAUCUCCCGCCAGACCACUGCUGAGGCACCAUCGUCAAUGCAUGGACGAAACUGAAGUGGCAGGCUUCCAAAAGAUGCCCUCCAAGGUUUUUUUGUUUUCCUGAAGAGAGGAAAAGCUCUCUCCAAAUAUAAUUUUCAAGAAGUUAAAAGCGUGACUCGUGCAAAUACAGAAUGAAGAGUUUUUUAUUUCCUGCCGUAGAUAAUGGUGGGAAUUUGAGGAACUGAACCUGCCUGUCAGUCCAGCAAUAGCCGAGAGUGCUAGCUAAAGAACUGGCUAAUGACCCACGAGGCACGAUGUAGUCUUUAGUGUGAAGACCUUGGUUUUCAAUUUGGUUUUGAAACAGGGUCUCAUCUGUUAGCUAGCCUGGCCUUGAGCUCAGGGUCCCCCUGCCUCUGCCUCCCAGGGUGAUCUUCUAAGUAGCACCCCAACAGAGGCCCGUUCAGUACACACAGUCAAAUCGCCCAACUGAAGCGAGCCUGCUAAUCUGGAACUGCUAAUCUGCCGCAUCUCUUUAUUGCAGAGGUGGGAGUCUCAGAUGAUCAAUAGGGGUGGCCAUUACAGACGGUAUUUCUGGAUGUUCUCCAUAAGAAAGACACAUGCUACACAACCUAGCAUCUCGUGUGAACCCAGAUACAUGGAGGGAAAAGGAUGAGUAGAAUGGUGUGCAGAUUAUAGUGUUCCCAGAAGACGGCAUCCACGGAUUCAACUUCACAAGAACAUCCAUUUACCCAUUCUUGGACUUCAUGCCCUCUCCCAAGCUGGUCAGCUGGAACCCGUGUCUGGAGCCCUUUCGGUUCAAUGACACGGAGGUCCUCCGGCGCCUGAGUUGUAUGGCCAUCAAGGGGGGGAUGUUCUUGGUGGCCAAUCUUGGAACAAAGCAGCCUUGCCUCAGCAGCGACCCUGGCUGCCCACAGGACGGGAGAUACCAGUUUAACACCAAUGUGGUGUUCAGCGACAAUGGAACCCUCGUGGACCGAUACCGGAAGCACAACCUGUACUUCGAGGCAGCCUUCGACACCCCGGCUAACGUGGACCUCGUCACCUUUGAUGCGCCCUUUGCCGGCAAGUUCGGCGUGUUCACUUGCUUUGACAUCCUGUUCUUGGACCCCGCUGUCCGGCUCCUCAGAGACUUUGAGGUGAAACAUGUCGUGUACCCCACAGCCUGGAUGAACCAGCUGCCACUCUUGGCAGCCAUUGAAAUUCAGAAAGCAUUCGCCACCGCCUUCGGGGUCAACGUCCUGGCGGCUAACAUCCACCACCCGACUCUGGGGAUGACCGGCAGCGGCAUACACACCCCUCUGAAGUCCUUUUGGUACCACGACAUGGACGAUCCCAAAGGUCGCCUUAUAAUUGCCCAGGUCGCCACAAACCCGCAGGGCCUCACUGGGACAGAGAAUACAACUAGUGAGAUGGACGCGUCCCAUAGGAAGUUCUUAAAGAUCCUGUCCGGGGAUCCGUACUGUGCGAAGGAUGCCCAGGAAGUGCACUGUGAGCAGGCCGCCAAGUGGACCGAGAACGGGCCACCUACCUUCCACUCGGAGAUGAUGUAUGACAAUUUCACCCUGGUCCCCGUCUGGGGAAAGGAAGGCCACCUCCGGGUGUGCUCCAACAGCCUCUGUUGCCACUUACUUUACGAGAGGCCCACCCUGUCCAAGGAGCUAUAUGCCCUGGGCGUCUUUGACGGACUCCAUACCGUGCACGGCACCUACUACAUUCAAGUCUGCGCCCUGGUCAAGUGCGGAGGUCCCGGCCUUGACACCUGCGGGCAGGAGAUCACGGAGGCCGAGGGCUUGUUUGACUUUCAUCUGUGGGGCAACUUCAGCACUUUGUAUAUCUUUCCUUUGUUUCUCUCCUCCGGGAUGACUUUGGAAACUCCUGACCAGCUUGGGUGGGAGAAUGACCACUAUUUCUUGAGGAAGAGGGGACUGUCCUCCGGCCUGGUGACAGCAGCUCUCUAUGGACGGUUGUAUGAGAGGAAGUAGGAAAACUGUGUGGGGAAACUGUGGUCAGUGGGGUGGGCUCUGCAGGCCGGCCUGGCUUUCCAAGGCCGGCUUCCUUGUGGCACUGGAUCCCACCCUGGGGAACUGUAAGAAUGUGGGAGAGGCAGUUCCUUCUUCCUUUCUACAUAAUGACUGAGACGUUUUCUGGUAUUUUCAAUUCAUAUAAAUCUUUGUCAAGCCACACCCUCUUACCACUAUACCAUUGAUUUUAAAUGCUAAGCCAAAAAAUAAACCUCAGUUGCUAUUUUACAGAUCCAUAGAA